GGUCAAACGGGACGCUCGUGUUCCGUAAUGGAAUGGAAUCGCGCCGUUAGACAUUUUAUACUGUGCCUUAACUUAACCUCUACGUCCUCUACCAAUCAAUCGAAAACAGGUAAACAAGGAUCCGUUCACGCUUGGUCGAGUCAUAUAUCGUUCUGCAGAGAGCAAUAUAUAAAUUCGACAAAUAUGACAACACGAGAGAUCUUGACCAUUCAAUUAGGCCAUUAUUCGAAUUUUAUUGGUGCACAUUGGUGGAAUCUACAGGAGUCUAACUUCACAUAUGACCCGAAGAAUCCGUCCGAGGUGAACCAUAAUGUACUGUACAAAGAAGGUGAAAACUCGCGAAAACAAGUUACGUUUACCCCGAGAUUAUUAGUAGCAGAUUUAAAAGGGACGCUAGGCUACCUAAAUGAGCAAGGUUCUUUAUAUGAUACGAAACCUUCAGAUAAUCAACUGCUAUGGGAUAGUACAAAAUUGGAAAUUACUAGCGCCGAGCCUAGUCCUAAAUCACCUUUUAUUCAAAAUUUAAAUGAACUCGAUAAAGCUGUAGAUGCAGAAACCUACAACUUUGAAAGCGACGUGAAGUCAUGGGUCGACUAUCUUUUACCUCUGUUCCAUCCGAGAACAGUACAUAGUAUCAAACAGUAUUCACACAAUUGCACGCAGCGACCAUUCAAUAUAUUCACGUAUGGCCGCGAUUUAUGGGCUACGGAACAAUUCUCCGACAAUUUCGCGGACAGAAUACGAUCGUACGUAGAGGAGUGUGAUUUAAUGCAAGGAUUUCAGGUGCUUAUGGAUUCUGCAGAUGGCUUUGCUGGUCUUGGAGCAUCUUGCGUUCAGCAUCUACGCGACGAAUACGGAAAGAGUAUCUUGGCAUUUCCAUGUCUUGACUUUAACAAUGCCGAGCCCAGCGCGUCGGACUUGGUUAAAGUUGUCAAUACAGCAUUAUGUUGGCAACAUAUCGGAGAGCAUUCGUCGCUUUACAGUCCCCUUUCCUGUGGACAAGUCGGUUGGCCAUUCGCGGCCGAUUCACGUAAAUUCGAGAACAUAACGUACAGUCCGGAACUAAGAUAUCAGAGCAGCGCGAUAUUGGCAACCGCUCUAGACACCGUGAGCUUAAGAUAUAGAACCAAGAAGUAUUCGGGCGCCAGCUUAUCCGAUUUAUGUGCCGAUCUGAACAAGCUGGGUCGUAAAGCCGCGGCGACUAGCCUGAGUCUGCCGUUUCCUAUGAAGAUGAAAAUGGAUUUAAUAGACGUAUUGGAUGAAUUCGAGGGAUCUCUAUGGACAAGCUUGACACCGAGCUGCGAUAUACCGAUGGAUAAUAAUAUGCAAAGUAUAGCGUUACGAGGAAUUCCCGAAGACAGAAUGAAGCGACCCGUUCAUGAAGCCAGCAAACAAAUAUCCAAACCUGCAUACAAAUGCUCCAGCGUGCACGAAAUGAUGACGCUGUAUCUGGCGUGUACGUGUCACGCGUCGGCCACGUAUUUAUGCAACAUUGAAGCACCACUGAAAAUUUCCUUACCAUAUCCAAAGAUCUUCAAUAAUAACGUAACCGAGGAUGGAAAUAUCGCCGGUUGGCCCGUAGGAACCAAUGUAAACUCUGUUGCGGUGAUGGCUGGGAUGCACAGCGGCAGUAAUGUUGCAGCAAUGUACGAAUCUUUACUUGAGCAAACCAAAAGGAUAAGAAAUAUCAAGAAAUUCCAUGCUUUUACGGAUUCCGGACUUGAGGAAGACGAAUUUAUGGAAUGUAUUCAUAAUUUAGCUGAUUGUAAAGAAGCGUAUGAAGAUCAUUAUGUCUAAAGUAUUACUAUAUUGUAAAUAAAACACAUUGCUUGUGUAAUUUCGAUAAUUCUAAUAUUUAUUGCAAUUUACGAUUACAUUUGCAAUAUUUCAUUUUGUACAAUAAAAUCUUUUGUAGUAGAUUUAUAGAAA